AUGUUGUUGUCUCUUUCUCUGCUGGUGCUGUCCGCCUCAAGCGCGACUGCGUCCUAUGCUGGAAACCUCAACUAUCGCAGCCCUUCGCAUAACCAUCCUGGUUUAGGUAUCUCGAUCCCGAAAGUCGUGCGCAGGAGUGAUCCUCGACUGGCAUUUGACUCCUCUCAUCUGAACUUUACUCAUGGUGUCGCUUCUGGUGAUCCAUACCCAAACUCGGUUAUCCUAUGGACCCGCUGUGCUCCUGCAUUCGAUAAUAUCAACGACAGCAAAAGUACUGUUGGAUUAGUACCCCUCUAUAAUCCAGUUCCAAUCUAUACUGAGGAACAUUUCGUGUCCCCAGUCUCGAAAGCGCCAGUUUGCCUCGAUUACAGGGUCGCAAAAGAUCAUAAGUUCAAGCAUGUAGUAGAUUCGGGUGUUGUCUUCACAAGCUCCGACGUCGACUACACGGUCAAGGUGGAGGCAAGCCAUCUACGGCCAUUUACCACUUAUUACUACCAGUUUCAGGUGUGCAACUCGAAUAAAAAGAGUCCUAUUGGGCGUACGAAGACGACUCCUGGUCCGCGAGACGCAAUCGAUAGUUUGAGCCUCGCCGUCUACUCAUGUAGCAACUUCCCUUUCGGUUUCUUCAAUGCUUAUGGGAACACUGUGCGGAAGGACUCGGUGGACUAUGUCUUGCAUCUUGGCGACUAUAUCUACGAGUCCAAGAAUGGUGACUAUGGAUGGGGAAACAGCAUUGGACGCAUCCCUCUACCAGAUAGAGAGAUCCACACGCUUUACGAUUAUCGCAAGCGUAUUGCAACUUACAAGACUGAUCUCGAUCUACUUGAUAGCCACAAAAGCUUUGCAUGGAUUCCUGUCUGGGAUGAUCACGAAGUCGGGGAUAAUACUUAUCGGGAUGGCUCCUCCCACCUGAACAACACGGAAGCAUCAUUUAUCGAAGAUGGCGGUAUUUCAGUCGACCAGCGGAAAAUGAAUGCGGUUCGUGCAUACUUCGAGUGGAUGCCCAUUCGUCAAGUGGAAAUGGAUGAUAGUCUUCGCAUUUGGAGAAACUUCAAGCUGGGGAAUCUCGUGGAUCUGAUUAUGCUUGACACCCGACAAUAUGAUCGCUCCAUCACCGACCUUUAUUGGAACAGAGACUAUAUUCAUGAUAUAUCGAAUGAGGCAAGCCGUUCGUUGAUGGGAAGUCGUCAGGAGAAUUGGUUCUAUCGAUCGCUCAAGGAAUCAGCCCAACGGGGCGCUCAUUGGCGAAUAAUUGGAAGCCAGAUAGGCGAGUCUCAACUGGUUCCGCAUGUGUUCUCGCGUUUGAAUCAGUCUAUCGCUUACGGGAGUGAAAACCCAUUGAACUACGAUCAGUGGGACGGGUAUCAGGCAAACAAGAACCGGACCCUACAGACUCUCUACGACAAUAAAAUUGGAAAUAACAUAAUUCUCGCUGGUGACUCUCAUGCUAACUGGGUAAGCGAUCUUGUCUGGCUUGACCGGGAUCCCUACGACCCUGUGACCGGAGACGGAUCUAUUGGCGUCGAGUUUGCUGGAACCGCUGUUAGUUCUCCUUCCCCAUACAGACACAAUAUUAGCCUCGCAGACUCUGUCAAAGCAUCUAAGGCUCUCGUCUCCGCAAACAGAGAAUUACAGUGGUCUGAAAUGUAUUACCGCGGUUAUUUCGAGUUGCAGAUUACCCCUGAAGAAGUCGAGGCUCGAUACUUCGGUAUGCCCUCUCUGGUGACCCGUAAUCCUAAUGAGAUAUCUUUGGCCAAUUUUACGGUCAAGAGCGGCGAGAACCACCUCCAUCGUGGCGCUGCCGGUGUCCCUGCAGGAGGCGUGGUGGAAAAUGGGGCCCUCAAGGGUGGCCAGACCGUUCAGACCAAUAUGACCCAUGACACAGAGACUGGCCUCUGGUAUGUCAGUCACGAGGACCAAGAAGACAUCUAA